AUGCCAGUGCUGUCAGAAGACUCAGGACUGCAUGAAACUUUGGCCCUUUUGACAUCUCAGCUUAGACCAGAUUCAAAUCAUAAAGAAGAAAUGGGAUUCCUUAGGGAUGUCUUCAGUGAAAAGAGUCUCAACUACCUGAUGAAGAUUCAUGAAAAACUCCGUCAUUACGAAAGGCAGAGUCCAACUCCUGUUUUACAUAGUGCAGCAGGAUUAGUCGAAGAUGUAAUAGAAGAAUUGCAGACUGCACCAGUGAAUCAUGAAGAAAAAGAGCUGCUUCAGUUGUUGUCAACACCACAUCUCAGGGCAAUGCUUGUAGUACACGACACUGUAGCACAGAAGAACUUUGACCCUGUUCUUCCACCUCUACCCGAUAACUUUGAUGAUGAUUUUGAUGAGGAAUCAGUGAAAAUUGUUCGGCUAGUGAAAAAUCAAGAACCCCUGGGAGCUACCAUCAGAAGAGAUGAGCACACAGGAGCUGUGAUUGUCGCCAGGAUCAUGCGAGGUGGUGCAGCUGAUCGUAGCGGUCUUGUCCAUGUUGGAGAUGAACUAAGAGAAGUCAAUGGUAUCACUGUGCUUCACAAACGACCGGAAGAAAUAAGUCAGAUUUUGGCUCAAUCUCAGGGAUCAAUAACAUUAAAAAUAAUUCCAGCCAUCAAAGAAGAAGAUCGUCUAAAAGACAGCAAGGUGUUUAUGAGGGCGCUUUUCUGCUAUAACCCCAAUGAAGACAGAGCUAUUCCUUGCCAGGAGGCUGGGCUGCCAUUUAAGAGACGACACGUCCUGGAAGUUGUGAGCCAAGACGAUCCCACGUGGUGGCAAGCAAAGCGUGUUGGAGAUACCAAUCUCAGAGCAGGCUUGAUCCCUUCAAAACAGUUCCAAGAAAGACGGCUGAUUUACAGAAGAACAAUAGGCACCCUGCCCAAUCCCAGGACUGUGAAGAAACCAGUAUAUGACCAGUCUUCUGAUAAAGAAGACUGUGACUGUGAAGGAUAUUUCAAUGGCCAGUACAUAGCUGGCUUACGCAGGAGCUUUAGAUUAAGUCGCAAAGAGAAGGAGAACAAUCUGAACGAAGGAAAGCAAGCGGAGCAGACAGACGCAGCAGAGUUCCUGACUUAUGAAGAGGUCACAAAAUACCAGCAGCAGCCUGGUGAACAGCAGAGGCUGGUGGUUUUGAUUGGUUGCUUGGGGGCCAGAUUAAGUGAGCUCAAGCAGAAGGUUGUGUCAGAGAACCCGCAGGAGUAUGGUGUGGCAGUUCCACAUACAACCAGGUCAAAGAAAAGUCAUGAGAAAGAGGGAGUAGAAUACAAUUUUGUCUCUAAGCAAUCCUUUGAGACAGAUGUACAGCAAAACAAAUUUGUGGAACAUGGAGAAUACAAGGAAAAUCUGUAUGGUACCAGUCUUGAGGCAAUCCGGUCCGUGAUGGCCAAAAAGAAGGUUUGUUUGGUGGAUGUGGUACCUGAAGCAGUAAAGCACUUGAGGACUCCUGAGUUUAAGCCAUAUGUUAUCUUUGUGAAGCCUCUCAUUCCAGAAAAGAAGAAACAUGUCCUGAAGUCUCCCAUGUCAGAAGAAAUCUCCGUUCCCCUUGACGAAGAACAGCAGGAAAUUAUUAAUUCAGCAGCAUUCAUUGAAGAGCAGUAUGGCCAUUUAAUUGACACUAUACUGGUGAAAGAAGACCUCCAGAGUGCUUGUAAUCAGCUGAAGAGUGUGUUAGAGAAACUAAACAAGGAUUCAUUUUGGGUACCAGUCAACUGGGUUAGGUCAUAGCUUGUUACCGUCUGUUUAAGGCAAAGACACUAUAAAAAUGUGUUGUAAAUAUAUGCAUUAGAAAAGGGAACUAUGUCAAAUUCACUUCAAAACUACUGGUCUGUCUAGAAGUUCGUACAUACAGACUGUAUUGGGAAAAACUAAAAGUCAGAAGCUGA